CUGUGAUUCGGAAGCUGCGUGAGUUGGCCGGCUUAUGGUUGAAGUGACAACUUGUGCAAUCGUAUGUAGCUAGAGUUGGUAAACAUUUAAUUAAUCGCAACUGCCCUAUAGAAUCGAGGUAGGACUAAAGAGUGUCCGUAACGGUAUUUGUCUUCUCCAUAAGUGUAAGUUAUCGCUAUGGUUGUUAGGCAGUACAAUGAAGAGCUUAAGUAUUUGGAGAAGAUUUCGCCUAGUUGUUGGAAAAUUAAGAAAGGUUUCCAACCAAACAUGAAUGUUGAAGGCGUGUUCUAUGUUAAUAAUCACCUGGAAAAAUUGAUGUUCGAUGAGCUUCGCAAUGCAUGUCGGCCUGGCAUGGUUGGAGGCUUUCUACCAGGUGUAAAACAAAUAGCGAAUGUGGCUGCCUUGCCGGGUAUUGUAGGAAGAUCAGUUGGCCUUCCGGAUGUGCAUUCCGGCUAUGGUUUUGCCAUAGGUAACAUGGCAGCUUUUGAUAUGGGUGAUCCAAAAUCAGUCGUGUCUCCAGGAGGAGUGGGUUUCGAUAUAAACUGUGGUGUGAGGCUCUUGAGGACGAAUCUUCAUGAAAGGGAUGUUCAGCCUGUUAAAGAGCAGUUAGCUCAGAGCAUGUUCGAUCAUAUUCCUGUUGGUGUUGGUUCAAAGGGAAUAAUCCCUAUGAAUGCUAGAGAUAUGGAAGAGGCACUGGAAAUGGGAAUGGAUUGGUCACUUCGUGAAGGUUAUGUAUGGGCUGAAGAUAAAGAACACUGUGAGGAGUACGGCCGCAUGUUGAAUGCUGAUCCAAGUAAAGUCAGCAUGAGAGCAAAGAAGAGAGGACUGCCUCAGCUAGGUACCUUGGGAGCAGGGAAUCACUAUGCUGAGAUACAGGUAGUUGAUGAGAUCUACGAUAAAUGGGCUGCCAGUAAAAUGGGAAUAGAAAUGAAAGGACAGAUAUGUGUCAUGAUCCAUUCAGGAAGCAGAGGCUUUGGGCAUCAGGUUGCUACAGAUGCAUUGGUUGCCAUGGAAAGAGCUAUGAAACGUGAUAACAUUGAGACCAAUGACAGACAGCUAGCGUGUGCACAUAUUAUGUCCCCAGAGGGUCAGGAUUACCUCAAAGCUAUGGCUGCAGCUGCAAAUUUUGCGUGGGUCAACAGGAGCUCAAUGACAUUUCUCAGUCGGCAGGCUUUUGCUAAACAAUUCCGGAUGACACCUGAUGACCUAGAUAUGCAUGUAAUUUAUGAUGUUUCCCACAACAUUGCUAAAGUUGAGGAACAUUAUAUUGAUGGUAAACAGAAGACACUGCUGGUACACAGGAAGGGCUCAACUCGGGCUUUCCCUCCCCACCAUCCACUAAUUCCUGUGGAUUAUCAGUUGACAGGACAACCAGUGUUGAUUGGAGGUACCAUGGGGACCUGCAGUUAUGUUUUAACUGGAACUGAACAGGGUAUGCGAGAAACCUUUGGCUCAACCUGCCAUGGUGCAGGUAGAGCCCUUUCUCGGGCGAAGUCACGACGUAACUUGGACUACCAAGAUGUCCUCAAUAAACUAGAAGAAAUGGGUAUCUCAAUUAGAGUUGCUUCUCCAAAAUUGGUUAUGGAAGAGGCACCUGAAUCAUACAAGAAUGUGACUGAUGUUGUUGAUACAUGCCAUGAAGCAGGUAUUAGCAAGAAGUGUAUCAAAUUACGACCAAUUGCUGUUAUUAAAGGCUGACCGCAUGCCAGUUUUUCAAAAAAAGUGUCUGAAUACAGUAAAGUAUGUGUUACUGCAUUUAAAAUGCCGCAUUUCAGUAUGUGUGAUUGAAUGUAAAACAUCAUCUGUGAUGAAGAUGCAAGAAUUGUUUUGAACUUUAAGUUAUUCUGUACUUACCCACUGAUAAAUUGAAGUGUUAACCAAA